AAAAAGAUAAUCUUGAAUAAAUCAGUACCUUUCGGUACUGACCGGUAUUAUCAUCGAUUGCGUUCGUCUGUCUUUCCUCAUCUAUGUACUGUAUAUAAUGUAUGUUUAAAUCUAUCUUAUAAUUGUUGUAGCUUGUUGUUAUAACUAUCAAUAUUGUGUUGAGUUUAUAUAAGAAGCGAAUUUUAGUGCAUUUGUAUCAGUGACAAUCUUGCUAUCGAGAUCACCUCGUUAUUUUUAUCCAUUUACCCGUCGUUGCAACUACGUACCACGCUGAUCGUUAAUCACACAUAAUUGUGAUUACUUGUAAACGAGGAUCCACGAUUAUUUAUUGGUUAAGUUUUAAGUAAGAAUAGAAAAUCUUCUAUUGUGUGACGGGUGAAAAUUUACACAUUUAUACUUUCACCAAGGCGAUCAAAGUAACGAAAGAUGAAGUACUCCCUGUUAUUUCUUCUAAUAACUGUGACAGUUCAUUGGUCAGUUGCACCACCCGUUAAUCAAAAAGGCAAAGAUUAUGAUAAUAAAAAUGAAGUUGAAGAUAUAGAACCAAUGGUAGACAUGGAAUAUCGUAGAUACCUAAUGGAAGUAGUUCAGGUGUUAGAGAGUGAUCCUGAUUUUCAAAAGAAGUUGGAGAAAGCAGAUGAAGCAGAUAUACGUACAGGAAAGAUAGCCGAUCAACUAGAAUUUGUGAACCAUAAUAUUAGAUCAAGAUUAGAUGAAAUAAAGAGAGAUGAACUAGAAAGGUUAAGACAUCUUGCGACAAAAGAAAAUGAAUUAAAGAAUGGUUUAGAUAUUGAACAUUUAAAAAUUCCUGAACAUUUAGAUCAUACUAAUACACGUACAUUUGAGAUCCAGGAUCUAAAGAAAUUAAUUGCUAAGACUACUGAAGAUUUAGCAAAAGCUGAUAGGAGGAGACGUGAGGAAUUUAAACAACAUGAAAUGGAGAAGAAAUUUGAAGAACAAGAAAAGUUAAAACAUAUGAACGACGCAGAAAAAAAGAAGUAUGAGCAAGAUUUACAAGCAAUGAAGGAAAAGCAGAAAAUACACGAACCUGUACAUCAUCCAGGAAGUAAACAACAACUAGAGGAAGUAUGGGAAAAACAAGAUCAUAUGGAAAGCGAAGAGUUUAAUCCUAGAACAUUUUUUUUCUUUCAUGAUAUUGAUGGUAAUGGAGUAUGGGAUCAAGAUGAAGUUAAAGCUUUAUUUUUGAAAGAAUUGGAUAAACUUUAUGCUCAAGGAGCACCUCAAGAGGAUUUAUUAAAACGAGCUGAGGAGAUGGAGAGAAUGAGGGAACAUGUAUUCAAUGAGGCCGAUCUUAACAAAGACGGUCUUAUUAGUUAUGAAGAAUUUUUGGAACAAACAAAGAAACCAAAUUUUCAACAAGAUGAGGGGUGGCAGGGAUUAGAUGAACAACAAAUUUACACUCAGGAAGAAUUUGAAGCUUUUGAAAGAUAUAAGCAAGAGGAAUUACAAAAAAUGAUUUCUCAAGGAAUGCGACCACCACAUCCAGGUAGUAUACCGGCACAGUCCGAGCCGUUUCCGUCACAAUAUGAGCAAGGACCAGUUGCUCCUGGAUUAGUUCCUCCCCAAGUAGAUCCAAAUCAAAAUAUGCUUCAUCAACAAUUCCAAGACCAAAGUCAUCCACAGUAUCAACAGCAGCCACAGAUUGUAGUUCCUCAGCAACAUGGUCAAAUACCUCAACAACAGCAACAACAGUUUCAAGGGCAGCGCCCAUCGAAUCAGCAAUAUCAGGUACCUCAAAAUCAAAUCCCUGCUCAGCAAGUACACCCUGGAGUGGUACCGGUUCAACAAGGGCAGCAAAAUCAGCCUUUAGUUCAACAGCAACCUCAAGCUCCAAAUUUUCAACAACAACCUCAAGUUCCAAAUUUUCAACAACAACCUCAAGUUCCAAAUUUUCAACAACAACCUCAAGUUCCAAAUUUUCAACAACAACCUCAAGUUCCAAAUUUUCAACAACAGCAAAACAUGAUAAAUCAAGUACCACAAAAUAUUCAGACGAACGCCGUGCCACAAAAAUAUAGUUCAAAUCAAGCAGAUUCACAACCCGCGCAAGCGCCCGCCCAACAAGAAGUUGAUAGAAAUAAAAUUCCAGUUCACGAGAAAGUAUAAUUGCGUCCUCAAUUCGGCAAGAAUAUAAGAUUUAAUUUGACAAAGAAUUGAAUGUUGUCAUUUUAGAGUAUUUUUUAUAUCUUUCGCUGUUAUUUUAUUCAUUGAUUGUAAUAUUUGUAUAAUCGUACACACAUUACGUUCAUCAUGGAAGUUGGACAACUCAUCGUGAAGUGUAAAUAAAAUUAUUUCCAAGAAAAA